ACCUGGGGACACUCAGGAAUGUCUGCGUGUCUAUACCCGGUAGAGUGUUUAAGCGCGUCCUACGUGAGUGGGGCCAUGGAUGCCAGGUCUGGCUAGAACCGCACCUUCAUUCUGCCUCAGUUUCUUUGGUAUGCAGAGGGAGGAUGGAGGAAGCCAAUGAGCCAGACAGCUUGAGUGUGGAUAUGGGGCAGGUCAGUUCCCUUUGGGCGAGUUUCUUGCCAAGAAGAGAUAGGGUGUGGGCCAAGCAAAGGCUUCUCCAUUUCCCAGAGAAGAAGGUUGAUCACCCAAGAUCGUGACUGUCAGGAGGGGGAACCCAGGCAGGGCAAGUGGAGAGGGGAGCAAGUGCUGGAAGGGUACUACUAUUCCUCUGGCCCCACUUUUUCUAGGGAUAGUCACUUUGUGUGUGGGAGAGCGAACAUACUGGACUAUUCUGUAGGUUAGGAAGCUGACCAGAGGGAAUCCCGUAGAUGCCGCGGUUUCUGUCCUGUCAGGGAUUCCCCCCACCAAAACAAAGGAUCGUGUUUUGGCAGGGGAACCUCAGAUUUGGACAUACUAAACUGGACAGAGACAUUCAGGGUUAAAGAAAGUGACAGAGGCAGGCAGAGAUGGAGAGAGAGGCAGAGAAAUACCAGGUUGAUGAAAGACCGUUUUUCCCCCUGCAUGCACUGGAUCUGCUUUUAAGUGCCCUCCCCCACACCCACCGCCCCCGUAGUCCCAGUGCCCUGUCCCUAACCUUCCUGCUAGCGCUGUCCUCUAGCUCUGUGCCUUGAACAUCAUGAACAGCUUGUUGUCUUCGGGUACCUACCCCUCACCCAGUCAGAUCUGGGCGAUUCACCUUCGGGCAGGGAAGGACAGAGGACAGAGGUGCCCAAAUGCGGCAGCGCUCACAGGACUUCAAAAAUAACCCAGCCCUUCAAACUGGCACAAGCUGUAUCCCAUUGCCCAGGGAGAUCGCCAGUCACCCAUCAAUAUUGUGUCUAGCCAGGCAGUAUAUUCACCCAGCCUGCAGCCACUGGAGCUUUUCUAUGAGGCCUGCAUGUCCCUCAGCAUCACCAACAAUGGUCACUCUGUCCAGGUGGACUUCAAUGACAGUGAUGACAGAACUGUGGUGACCGGGGGACCCUUGGAAGGGCCCUAUCGUCUCAAGCAGCUCCACUUCCACUGGGGCAAGAAGCAUGAUGUGGGCUCAGAGCACACGGUGGAUGGCAAGUCCUUCCCCAGCGAGCUACAUCUGGUCCACUGGAAUGCCAAGAAGUACAGUACUUUUGGAGAGGCGGCUGCAGCCCCUGAUGGCCUGGCUGUGGUCGGUGUCUUCCUGGAGACAGGAGAUGAGCACCCCAGCAUGAACCGCCUGACAGAUGCACUCUACAUGGUUCGGUUUAAGGAUACCAAGGCCCAGUUCAACUACUUCAACCCCAAGUGCCUCCUGCCCACCAGCCGGCACUACUGGACCUAUCCCGGCUCCCUGACCACACCCCCGCUCAGCGAGAGUGUUACUUGGAUUGUGCUCCGGGAGCCCAUCAGAAUCUCUGAGAGGCAGAUGGAGAAAUUUCGGAGCUUGCUUUUCACCUCGGAGGAUGAUGACAGGAUCCACAUGGUAAACAACUUCCGGCCACCACAGCCGCUGAAGGGCCGAGUGGUCAGAGCAUCCUUCCAGGCCUGAGCUUCCCACCUGCCCAGCCAGCCACUGGGGCACCAUCUUCCCAAGGGCUUCCAUGUCAGCGGACACCGAACCAUCUGAGGCUCGCUCCCUGAGGGUGCUGUGGGCCCUCCUUCAGCUGGCUUGCUCCUUAGCCACAUUGGAGGGUUCUUAAUGGGACUCUGGAGUUGGAGGUACACUUCUGCUGCCCUGGGGGGCUGGAAGAACAGGAACUGAGCAGGGUCCAAGCUUGGGCUGCCUCUGUUCCCCAAGACCCAAAGGAGGCCCCUAGGAAUGUCCUCUUGUCUUUCCUGCUGGCUGUGUCAGCAGCCCAAACUGGAGCUCACACUGUGAUGGCCAAGACACAGCUCCCUGGGGUAGGCAGCUGUCUCUACCAUAAAGACUCAAGCAAUAACUAGAGGUGGGCAGAGCUGCCCACUCUGCAUUACCUCUUUUGCAGGCCUCUGCCAUACAUGCACCUCACUGCCAGGCCAUUAAAAUAGCACCCAGAUGCUGGAGGUGAUGUGGCCUCCUCCAGCCACAUGCUGCCACGGGCAGGCCCUGGCUAUAGCUUAUACACUGUCUCCCUUUGUUCCUCCUACCCAGCCACCAAAGUCACCUACAUAACAAUCCAUUCAUGUACUAGCAAAUAAAGUCAUUUAUUCAUGG